AUGGAUCCUAUUAAGUACAUCUUUGAAAAGCCAGCUUUUACAGGGAAGAUCUCCUGUUGGCAAAUGUUGCUCUUCGAGUUUGAUAUUGUGUUCAUGACAAGAAAGGCCAUCAAGGGCCAGGCCAUAGCCAACUACCUAGCGGACCAGUUGCUAAAUGAUCUAGAACUUUUAGAAUCCCUUUUCCCUGAUGAAGAUGUCGUGGCACUAGAGCCAGAACCAGAUAGUGUGGAGCUGUGGCGUUGGAGGCUUUAUUUUGAUGGAGCUGCCAAUUCUACCGGAAAUGGAGUGGGAGUAGUCUUAGUUUCCCCCAAGGGAAAAUGGCAAGCCCGAUACACCAAGUUGAUUCUGUAUCAGAAAUGCGUCAGCCGUUUGAUUUCGAAAUGCGUCAGCUGUUUGAUUGUAGACGCCCUGGCUACCCUAGCCAACAUGGUUAAGUUAUCAGAAGGAGAUGAUAUGUGGCAAUUGCGCAUAGAAGUCCGUGGCAUCCCAACUUAUUGCAUGAACAUCGAAGAAUGCAUGAGUGUAGAAGUCGAAGCCAACGGAAAGCCAUGGUACCAUGAUAUCAAGGCUUAUAUCAAGGAUAGUGAAUACCUGCCCAGUGCAAUAGAUAGUGAAAGGUAG